GCGUCACGCAGUGAAUAGUAACCAUGCCGAGGUCAUUUUUGGUGAAGAGUAAACGGGCACAUAGCUACCACCAACCUCGAUACCUGGAUGAUGAGUACAUAAGACUGGAUACUAAUUUAUCCUUUAUAUGCGCAGAGCGCAAACCGCAGGUUGAGUUUGAGGGGAGCUGUGACGCGCAGGAUGCUCAUAACCAUGGCAAGCUCUACCCCGAGUCCCAUCUAGUACGCACGGCUUGCCUCUCCUCCACCUCCCUGCUGAGCUGCGUGGGCAGCGUGUGCGACCGCUUCUCGGACUAUGACGACUACUGGCGCCCUCCAUCUCCAUCUGCAUCAGCGGAUUCGGAACAAGGUUUCACUCCGUCAGUAGUCAACGCUCACCCAUUCGCCAUUCCAUUCCCCCCUUAUGCAUGGACUACCUACUCUGGCUCCGAGCUCAGGCACAUUGUGCAGCGAACAUCCCAACACAAUCUCUCCACAGCUCUGGAGCCUGACACACAGAUGGGCAUCGAUGGAUCCAAGGAUGGUGCCACCAACUCCCCCAUUUACGCACAGCGGGGCCCGCACACUGGAUUUUACCGGGACAUUGGGUCUACAGUGUUCCCUACCUAUAGAAUGCGGUACGCCGAUAAAUUAUACUCGGACCUCAAGGUCUCUGAAAUCAAGUCCGAAUCCGAUCUCAUCUGUUCCGGUAUAGAACCAAGCGGAUCGUACAAAUGCACGAGGUGUUUCAAGGUCUUCUCGACACCACACGGUUUGGAAGUUCACGUCCGUCGGUCGCACAGCGGAGCACGACCCUUCGCCUGUGGAAUGUGUUGGAAAACGUUUGGGCACGCAGUGAGCCUGGAACAACAUAAAGCCAUUCACUUACAGGAGAGGUGCUUCAACUGCAAAAUCUGUGGCAAAAGCUUCAAGCGAUCGUCCACACUGUCCACGCACCUGCUCAUCCACUCCGACACGCGCCCCUACCCCUGUCAGUACUGCGGGAAGAGAUUCCAUCAGAAAUCGGACAUGAAGAAACACACCUUUAUCCAUACGGGUGAGAAACCGCACAAGUGCCAGUUAUGCGGGAAAGCCUUCAGUCAGAGCUCCAACCUCAUCACGCACAGCCGCAAGCACUCCGGCUAUAAACCGUUCAGGUGCGACCUCUGCUUCAAGGGAUUCCAACGGAAAGUGGAUCUGAGGCGGCACAAGGAAACGCAACAUGGAUUUAAAUGAAAAACUGUGAACAAACAUUGUGCUGGAGGAGGAUUGAGAAGAAAAUAGGCUAAUAUGGAAGUAAAUUGAAGCACUUCAAAUUUCAGAGGAAGGAUUAACGAAUGUAUUUUAAUAUAUGUAAUUAUGUCAAUUUCAAAAUACUUUUAUGCAAUAUUAUCAUUGUUAAUAGGCCACUGUAGGCCAAAUUGUAUUUUUUAAUAAAUAUGCCUAUGGAUUAGUUAGCCUAUUUUCAGAAUAACAUUUUACCCAACACAAAGUACAUGAUUUAGAAGUUUUGGUUGUGAUGCCCAAAUAGGCCUAUUUAUCUUUGUGCAUGAAUCAUUUUUCUUGUUUUCUUCUCUAGCAGAAGAAAACGAUUAAAUGAAAUACUACUCAGCAAUUGAAUGCCUAGUAGGCUAUUUGUGAAAAUGUCAUAUUAAUCAAUUCCUAUUCUAUUCCAGCUUUCAUUAUCAAACACUGUCACUUUAUCAUCUUUAGUGUAUAACAGAAUCCAAUAUACAUUUUGAAUGGCCCCUUAUCUUUUGUAAAACAUCGAAGGGCUUAAAUUCAAAAGUGCAGGAAUCUAAACCAAACAUGUUAAAAUAUAUAUAUAUAUAUUAUUUAUCUGUAUGAUCCUAAAAUGUUUGAAUAAAAAUAAAAUCUAGACUGUUGCCCAUUGAACGACAGGUCAACUAAAAUGAAGAAAUGAUUCAAAGUUCUCAGAU